CUACAAGCCUGGAAAAUUUUGCAGGGCAGUUUUACUGGACAGCUUUGCAGAGCUGUGCCAUUUGAAUUUAAGCACACACAUAUCCACACACUGUGCUCUCCAUUUCUGGCUCGUCUCCCAGCACAGAGAGCUUAGUGAGAUUUGGGUCUCUCUCUCUCUCUCCCCUCUGCAGCAACAGUUUCUCCAGGCUCUGCUAGUUAGGACUCCCCAAGCAAAUCAUGGAGGACACCACUUUGCAAAUUAUCGAACAACCAACUGCCUCUGAGACCUCUGAGGAGCAAGCAGCAGAGGAACCGAUCAAAUCAGACCAGAUCAACGGGGUGAUGGUGCUGACCCUUUUGGACAAGAUCAUUGGGGCAGUGGAUCAGAUCCAGAUGACCCAGGCUCAGCUGGAAGAGAGACAGCAAGAGAUGGAUAGCGCAGUGUCCAGCAUCCAAGGCGAAUUGACCAAGCUCACAAAAGCACACACCACCACCAGCAACACUGUGAACAAGAUGCUUGAAAAAGUGCGAAAGGUGAGCGUCAAUGUGAAAACCGUCCGGCAGAACCUGGAGAAGCAAGCUGGGCAGAUCAAGAAGCUGGAGGUCAAUGAAGCAGAGCUGUUGAAGCGAAGGAACUUCAAAGUCAUGAUCUACCAGGAUGAAGUGAAGCUGCCAUCCAAGGUGAGCAUCAGCAAGUCUUUGAAGGAGACUGAGAAGCAAGAGAAGGAAGGGGAGGGUGAGGAGGAGCCCCUGGGUGAGGACCACGCUGAUGAGGACCGCAUCCAGCUUUCCUCAGAUGAGGAGGUGGAGAUUGAGGAAAUCAUUGAGGAAUCCCGGGCAGAGCGCAUCAAGAGAAGCGGCAUGAAGAGGGUGGAUGACUUCAAGAAAGCUUUCUCCAAGGAGAAGAUGGAGAAGACAAAGAUAAAGACCAAGGAAAACCUAGAGAAAACCAAGCAUAACCUGGAGAAGACCCGGCACAACCUGGAGAAGAGAAUGAACAAGCUAGGCACCAAGAUCGUGACCAAUGAAAGAAGGGAGAAGAUGAAGACCUCUCGGGACAAACUGAAAAAGUCUUUCACCCCUGACCACACCAUUUAUGCCAGGUCCAAGACAGCUGUCUACAAGGUGCCACCUUUCACUUUCCAUGUCAAGAAGAUCAGAGAGGGUGCAGUGGAAGUGAAAGCCACAGAGAUGGUGGAAGUGGGAGGGGAAGAGGCAGACACAGAUCUGAUGAGAGAGGAGAGCCCUGAGAUGCACACGCUGCUGGAGAUCACAGAGGAGUCAGACGCUGUGUUGGUGGACAAGAGCGACAGUGAGUAAAGAGGCAGAGGCGCGGGAGGGUUUCUGAACGGAUGGCUGAACACGUAACCAUUCACACUGCAAGAUCUCUCUUUGUCCCGGGAGCCCCAGGGACCGUAUACACGAUGCAUCCUUAUUACUCUGGAAAGCCAAAGCCACUCCCCCACCCUGGAGGACAAGGUGUCUUUUAUAUUUUAGUUUUAGCACAUAGAGGAAGUAGGAACACAGGACUUUUUCUUUUUUCUUACACCAUUAAACCAACCCUUGGAGA